CUGCAAUUCUCAGUAGAACUGCGCAUGACAAGCUCGUUCGAGUCGGUCCCAUCAGCUGAUCGGGUUUUGUAAUUUAAUAUAAAAAUUCUAGUUACUCUUUCGUAUCAAUCAUUGUGAGGGCAUUGUGACACCAUGGAGGGUGCUCCAUUAAUAAGAAAAGACGACCCACCACCUCCUUACUCUGUAGCAACAGCUCCGCAAGCCAAUAUCUCAUGGCAACCACCACCUGGGUAUUAUCCGAGCUCUGGUACUCCGUAUCAGAGCUCACCGAUACCAUCCUAUGGAACACCAGCAACAACAACAACCACAACAAGGACUGUGAUUGUGCCUGAGAUUAUACUCGUUGGAGCCUGUCCUGCUUGCAGAGUCGGAGUCCUCGAAGACGAUUACACAUGUCUUGGUAUCUUCUGCGCGAUAUUCUUCUUCCCUCUGGGUAUCUUCUGCUGUCUACUCUUGAAAAAUCGACGUUGUUCAAACUGUGGGGCGUAUUUUGGCUAAUUUCUUUCUUAAAUAAUAAUUAAAAAUUGUUCACGGGCAUCUAGUGAAUUGUACUCAACAUCUCGAGACAGUAAAGAAGAGUUCAUGAACGCAGUGAUUCUGCUCAUCACUAAACUUGCAACUGUCUCCAAUUGUUGAACAAUUGAUUGCGUAGAUAAUUCUCAGAAUGAGAUAAACUAUAUUAUUCCAGACUCGGUCUUCUGUGGAUAUCUGCUAAUCGGAUGGAAAUACCAAAAUUUUCGCCGAAAUCACUUUUGUAGCUCUGAUUUUUUACUGCAAAAAAGGUUGGGUCAAAAAUUUCUGUAUCUCCCUUAAGUUUUAGAUAUUCACAGAAAGUCAGAAACCUUAAGUGGUUAUAUUUGUUAUUCUUUAGAUGAAAAUGUUAUUGCAAGUGAUUUGUUACAUUAGUUUACAAAGUUUAUAAUACCGUGAAAAAAAAUACUUAGGAAUUUCGAAGAUGUUGGACAAUUAUCAUGGGUGCAGGCCAAUAAUUACACUCAACCAUCAUCCACGCAUAAUAAAAUCCAAUUCCUCCGAUAUAAGUUUCAAGGUAGAGAGACUCAUUCAAUAUAAUUUUUUUCCUCAAUAAUUAAACGUUAUGGUACAGGAAUUUUCACGCUCUCUUGCGUCCAAUAUUUGAAUUUAUGUGGAAGUAACUCAUAUAAUAAUUGAAAUCUAAACAUUCUCCCUGUCACCAGGGAACAUAUUUGAUUAUUUAAUUUCAUUGAGAAAUGACAAACUGCAGCACGAUGUAAUUUUUCAUGGGAUAAAAGCUGAAUGAACAAGCGUUUAAAAACAAAGUCUGCGACAUUGGUAGACUGACAACAAUUAUGAAAUCUCCACGGGGUAUAUGUAUUAAAUGUGAUAAAGUAAUUACAUAAUCAAGAUUAGAUGGGUAAGAAGACAAUAUUCUUUCAUUGUAUAAAUAUUUUACUAUUCAGUUAAUAAUAAUUUGUAUGAAUGAUAUAUACAUUUUAUUUUUCUA